GCCCCUCGCUGUGUGGAUGUGUUUCACUUUUAUUUAUUAAUUUCUCUUCUUUAUUGUUCGAUCCAUAAAAAUUGUAGUUUCUGUCUCCUCCACAAAGAUCAAACAAACAUGUCUGAUUCUACUCCUUGGUUCUAUUCCUAUACGAAACUCCGAUUCUUCUCUCGCAUCCGACGUUUUCUUCAACUGAAGACAGCUAGAAAGCUUUCCAGAUCAUCUGAUCGAUUCGAUAACGUCAGAACCGAAAAAGAAGAAAAUAAAGAGGAACCAAAGAUUAUGGGAAGCGAAGGCUCAUGCCGAACAGAGGAAGGCCUGCAGGUUGUGUUGCAGAGAUCCGUAAAGCAACUUCACUUUGGAAGCUUGGAAGAUAAAGAUGCUGCGGCUAAAGAAAUCAAGAGAUUGGCUGCAGAGGAUCUGAAGAUUAGGAAAUCGAUCGCUGAACUCGGCGUCAUACCGUCGCUCGUAUCGUUGCUUGACUCGGACGUGUUGGAUCGCCGGCUACUCGCGAUUCAGGCGUUAAUUGAGCUCGCUAAUGGCACUUACACCAACAAGGCUCUCAUGGUGGAAGCAGGGAUUCUUUCAAAAUUGCCAGAACGCAACCUCGAUACUCUAGAGGAGUCUUUGCGAAGAGAAUUUGCAAUGCUUCUGCUUUCUAUUUCUGCUCUUGCUAGUACUCAAUUCUCCGUUGCCUCAUCAGAAAUGCUUCCAUUUCUCAUUAGAAACCUUAAUUCAAAGGUAGGAAUGGAAGCCAAGGAAGCUUGCUUAGGGGCCCUAUACAAUCUCUCUACCAUGUUGGACAGCAUAGGACCAUUGGUUUCUAAUGGUGUAGUACCAACUCUACUGAGCUUAUGCUUGGAUAAAGAUGCUUGUGAGAAAGCCCUAGCAAUUUUGGGGAAUUUGGUGGUGACCAUGAUGGGUAAGAAAGCCAUUGAAAAUGAUUCAAUGGUGCCGGAGAGCUUCAUUGAGAUUAUGACAUGGGAAGAGAAACCCAAAUGCCAGGAACUAGCUGCUUAUAUUGUGAUGAUCUUAGCACAUCAAAGCUCAGUUCAAAGAAAUAAGAUGAAAAAGUUCGGAAUUGUUCCUGUUCUUCUUGAAGUUGCUUUGUUGGGUAGUCCUCUGGCUCAGAAGAGAGCAUUGAAAAUUUUGCAAUGGUUUAAAGAUGAAAGGCAAACAAGAAUUGGAGCACAUUCUGGGCCUCAAACAGGAAGGAUAAUGAUUGGUUCGCCAUUAAACAAAACUGAGACCAGGAAAGGGAAGAAAUUGAUGAACAGUAUGGUGAAGCAAAGUCUGGAUAAUAAUUUGGAAUUGAUUACAAGGAGAGCAAAUGCUGCCACUGAUUCUUCUAAGCUCAAGUCUUUGGUCAUUAGUUCAAGUUCUAAGAGCUUGCCCUAUUAACUAAACACUACUAAUAUGCAUAUCUUCUCAAUUGUCACUUUAGAUGGUUGUAUAUUAUGGGUAGAAAUAUGGUUACUCAAUCCCCAAGCCCUGUUCUUGUAAGCCAUCCAUAUGGAUUAUGCAUGGAUGUAAGUAGCACAAGUCAUGG